AACACACACACACACACACCAAUACUGAUUGAAUUUGUGUCAGUAUGAAGUCAGCUUUCCCUUCCUUCCCCCUGCACUACAACAGCCUUCAUGUCCAGUCCCUGUAUGUGUGUGUGUGCUGCUUUCUCAAACAUUCUCCCCGCCAUUCCACAGCAAAUGAGGAACUGACCGCUGGGAUAUAGAAACAGAAAGUGCCUGGAAUAUUUUUUGGACCUGAACUCUUGAUUCAAACCUUCAAUGUAUUUGCUCCUUUCAGGUUUUAGCUACAAUUUUGUUAGAAAAACGGUAUAAUCAAACAUAAUUCAGUAUCUGCUACUAAAACAUCCAAUUCCUUUUGGAACUUUGGACAUCAGGGACUAUACUCCAAGUAUCCUUAAUCGGAUCACUGGAGCUGCGUGAAGUGCCCUCCUGCCUCAAAUGCUCCACCAUCAUCCCCAUCCCUAAGAAACCCAAACUAACAGGACUAAAUGACUACAGACUGGUGGCGCUAACAUCUGUGGUCAUGAAGUCUUUUGAAAAACUGGUGCUGGCCCACCUGAAGGACAUCACUGAACCCUCACUGGACUCUCUUCAGUUUGCAUACAAAGCAAACAGGCUGUAGAAGCCCUGUAACAUUUACAAUGGCAGAUGUCUUGCAACUCAGUACCGACAGUCUACGGGUGCCAGGUGAAGAUAAAUUAGCCUCUACAUCUCCAUCGGGUUCUCCAUCUCCUUCCAGAAACGAGUGUAGUAUCACACCUCUUACUCCCUCCCCCUCUCCGAGAACAGAAGUUAGACCACGUGUGGCACGUCCAUUUUCUGUGGUGGUCGCAAUAGAUUUUGGCACCACCUCCAGUGGCUAUGCCUUCAGUUUCAUAGAAGACCCUGAGACCAUUCAUAUGAUGAGAAGGUGGGAGGGAGGAGACCCUGGUGUAGCAAAUCAGAAAAGUCCAACCUGUCUUCUGCUGACCCCUGACCUCCGGUUUCACAGUUUUGGCUUUGCAGCUCGAGACAGUUAUCAUGACCUUGACCCAGAGGAGGCCAGACACUGGCUCUACUUUGACAAAUUCAAAAUGAAAAUCCACAGCACAAGUGAUCUCACUAUGGAGACUGAGCUGAAGUCUGUUAGUGGAAGGAGAGUGCAGGCCAUUGAGGUGUUUGCUCAUGCCUUGAGGUUCUUCCGAGAACAUGCUUUAAAGGAGGUGAAGGACCAGUCCUCCUCUGUGUUGGAAGGUAACGAAGUACGGUGGGUCAUCACUGUUCCUGCUGUGUGGAGGCAGCCAGCCAAACAGUUCAUGCGUGAAGCUGCAUAUCUGGCAGGCUUAGUUCCUCCAGAUUGUCCUGAGCAGCUUCUUAUAGCUCUUGAACCAGAGGCUGCAUCAAUCUACUGCAGGAAGCUGCGACUUCACCAGAUCACUGACCUAAGCCAACGUCCAGUAACUAAUGGUUUUGAUGUAGACGGGUCCCAUCCCUUUGAUUCCAGUUUUAGACAAGCCCGUGAGCAGCUCCGCAGAGCCAGACAUAGCCGAACUUUUCUGGUGGAGAGUGGUACUGGAGAAUUGUGGUCUGAGAUGCAGACAGGUGACCGGUACAUUGUAGCUGACUGUGGAGGUGGGACUGUGGAUUUGACGGUGCAUCAGAUUGAGCAGACACAGGGCACUCUGAAAGAGCUUUACAAAGCCUCAGGGGGUCCUUAUGGUGCAGUUGGUGUGGAUCUUGCCUUUGAGACAAUGUUGUGCCAAAUCUUUGGGACAGACUUCAUCGACAGUUUUAAAGCUAAACGUCCAGCUGCUUGGGUAGAUCUCACUAUUGCAUUUGAAGCCCGCAAGCGUACAGCAGCUCCUGGCAGCGCCAACACUUUUAACAUCUCACUGCCCUUCUCCUUCAUUGACUUCUACAAGCAACACCGGGGCCAGAGUGUGGAAACUGCCCUGCGCAAGAGCAAUAUGAAUUUUAUAAAGUGGUCAUCUCAAGGGAUGCUGAGACUCUCUAUGGAGGCCACGAACGACCUUUUUCAGCCGACCAUCAACGAUAUCAUAAAACAUAUUGAGAACCUGAUGCAGAAGGAAGAAGUUAAGGGUGUCCGUUUUCUCUUCUUGGUUGGAGGAUUUGCAGAGUCACCCAUGCUUCAACGGGCAAUCCAGAAUACACUUGGGCGAAACUGCCGUAUAAUAAUUCCACAUGAUGUAGGUCUAACCAUCUUGAAGGGUGCAGUCCUUUUUGGUCUAGACCCCACUGUUGUCAGAGUACGCCGUUGUCCGUUAAUUUAUGGCGUUGGGGUUUUGAACCGCUUUGUGGAAGGAAGACACCCUCAUGAUAAGCUACUCAUCAAGGAUGGAAGAGAAUGGUGCACUGACAUCCUGGACCGCUUUGUAAGUGUUGAUCAAUCUGUGGCCUUGGGUGAGGUUGUGAGGCGGAGCUACACUCCCGCAAGGAUGGGUCAAAGGAAGAUCAUCAUCAACAUCUACUGCAGCGACACUGAUGACAUAACCUAUAUUACCGACCCUGGGGUGAGGAAGUGUGGUGCCAUCACGCUAGAUCUGCUCGAGUUAGGGGAAGCUUCCGGUAGCACUGGUGAUAACAAUAAAGGAUCAGCAUUUGAACGCAGGGAGAUUCGCACUACCAUGCAGUUUGGUGACACUGAGAUCAAAGUCACAGCUGUUGAUGUGGCAACUGGCCGACAAGUGCGGGCAUCAAUUGACUUCUUGUCCAACUAAUUCUAUUGUGGAAUGCGAGGGGUUUACCCCAUACAAUCUCAUCGAUUAUAAUAGAAAUAAUAGCUUUGAGGUCACCUAAGGCCGAUGGUAAAACUGAAGUACUGAAGGAUAAUCUGAAAUGUUACUGGAUUAACUUUCUUAAUGCAACACACCAACUAUGAGCGUACAGUAGACUUUUAAGCGUACAGUAGACUUUGGCAUCUAAAUUGUCAGUGAAACAAACAUCAAAUGUGUCCUAAAAACUAUUUUAAACACCCAUUCUUUUCUUAGGACAAUUUUGAAUAACUUUUUAAUAUGCUAGACUGUUCUGAGUAGAUUAUAUAUAUAUAUAUAUAUAUAUAUAUACCUGAGUUUUUUGCCACUAUUUCUGUAAAUAGAUUUCCUAUUGAUUUAAUUCAGAGGAACUACUAACAAUUAUGUUAUUGCCCGUGGUGAUAUCAACAAAACACUCAAACAGACACCUAGUAUUUAAAUAGUUUUAUAAAAUAGUCAUUUAUUUUUGUAAGCAUAAAUUGUAUAACACAAUACAAAGUACUUUUCAAGUCAAAUGUUUUAAUAAAUUGUUGCACCACCUAGAGGUAAAAAGUGGAACUGAUCAUUUAGAAUGAAGGACAUUGGUUAAAUGUGAAACGCAGUUUCAAAUCAUUUUCCAAUUUCCUGCAUAGGUACAAAACAGCUACAUAAUUGCCAAUUUUUAAUGUAAACUUAUAGCCUGCCUAGUGGUAUACUUGCACCAAAGAAACUUUUUGUUUGUUAAAACAAAGUACAAGCUUAUGAACACUACCUCUCAAUGCUUCACCAACAUUUGUCAUAUUAGUCUUUUAUAACGAAGCAAUGUUGGCUUUUCAUCAUUCUAGGAGGUAAGAAUAUUGAAAUUACUUUUUCCCAUUAUCCUGCAUUAAAGAUUAAAAAAUAUACUGUUGAGCUAGGAUAAAUGACACCAUGUUGAAGUAAAGCCCUAAAACCGUUUUGAGUUUAUUUUAUGACAUACUGUGAAAUAUUUGUGUACUACUCACAGUGCCUGCAAAUUAAAAAAACAAGUUUGUUUUCAAA